UCCAGCCCUGCCUCAACAUAGGAAGUUAAGCACGCACACUAACUUUAUCAGACCUGUUAAUAAGAGGCAAUGAGCGAAAUAAAACCAAAAGAAGCGCCUGCAGCUGACAAAAAGGAAGCUACAACAGAGGAAAAGGACUGGGCAGCUGCUAAAGCGCACUUUGAAAACCUAAAAUCAACGAAACCGAGACCUCCCAAGCCAAAAUAUGCAGUUACUAUCGCAGUUUCUUCCCGGUCCUUGUUUGAUAUGGUGGCGGAAAGGAAGAUAUUUGAGGAAGAAGCACUGGAGAAGUAUGUUCAACAUCAGCAGGAGCACGAGAAUGAGCCGCUGAAACCAGGACCUGCUUUUCCUUUCGUUAAAGCACUGAUUACUGUAAAUGAACGGCUGAGGAAUCUCUAUCCAGACAGUGAAGAACUGUUUGACAUUGUUCUCAUGACCAAUAAUCAUGCCCAAGUUGGGGUGCGACUCAUGAACAGCAUUAAUCACUAUGAUCUGACAAUAGAGCGAUUUUGCAUGACUGGAGGUCAGAGCCCAAUUGAAUACCUCAAGGCCUACAUGACUAACCUGUAUCUCUCCAAAGACUCCAAGAAAGUCCAGGAGGCCAUUGAGGAGGGUAUAGCAGCAGCCAUCAUGUUUAAGCCUGAUGUGGAGACCCAGCUGUCUGACACUCAGCUGCGUGUGGCCUUCGACGGGGACGCUGUGCUCUUUUCUGAUGAGUCUGAGAUCAUAGUGAAACAGCAUGGCCUGGACACAUUCUUUGAGCAUGAAAAACAGUAUGAGAACAAACCACUCGCACAGGGUCCUCUUAAGUGCUUUCUGGAGGCUCUUGGGAAGCUCCAGAAGAAAUUCUAUGCCAAAAAUGAGCGACUGAACUGCCCUAUCCGCACCUUCUUGGUGACGGCCAGAAGCGCGGCCAGCUCUGGGGCUCGUGUGCUUAAGACACUCAGAAGCUGGGGCCUGGAGAUUGAUGAGGCUUUGUUCCUUGCCGGGGCCCCUAAAGGGCCCCUGCUGCUGAAGAUUCGCCCACACAUAUUCUUUGAUGACCAGAUGUUCCACAUUGAGGGGGCCAAGGAGAUGGGCACUAUUGCAGCCCAUGUACCAUAUGGGAUAGGACAGAAAUAUAACAAAGGGAAGCUGACUGAACCAGAAAAACAGCAGAAAUAAGAGAUAUUGAUGAUGUUACAGGUCAGCCAUUAAGGGAGUUCAGUAUAUAGCUUACAUUGUUUAGAUGAAGAUAUCGUUCCCUUACUUGCAAUGCUUUACGAUGGAAACACGUCAUAGGAACUGCUGUGUAGAAGUGUUUUCUGAACAUAUGUAUUUUUUUCUCACACAAAAAAUUUGCUAAUUAAAUAGUUUUAUUAGCAAUAAUGCUGGAAAAUUAUUUUAAGUUUAUUGGACAUAUCAAAGGCUUACUGUUUGAUGUUUUGUUACUUUUUUAACUUUUAUAAUUUAUACA